AUGUCUGACAACGUUUCCUUGGCAAAAGCCAAUGCCAUCGUGGCGACCGCGACCUCGACCACUUGUGGUAUUUGCGAUGAGGAGAUCUCAGAGGCCGACAAAGCACAAAUAGCACUCAAGAAGCUCGCUUCUGGGUAUUGCCUUGCCGAUUCAUACGCUCUACGUGCCUUUCAACAAUGUUGCAAGGCACAGAAAACCGAGAGCCAAAUGGACCGAUUGAGAGAUGAAAACAAAGAGCUUUGGAAAGGCACGGUGUUGGCAUUUAGAGAGCAGCGACGGACAGGACGGGGUACCAACUUCGAUGUGUUGAAGCACCUCGAGACAGUCAAGAAGGCCUUUGUCCAAGACAAUGAUGAUGUUUGGCGUCCCUUGAUCUUUGCAGCUUACGUCAAGCACUACAUGAACUUACCUCAGCCCUUUACUCUUACAGAGGCUCAGGCCACAGCUCAGUGGCACAGUGAUCUUCGCAAUCCACAAAUCAAGAAGUCAGAGAAGAAAUACUUCAACCCCAAAUCUCGUCAAGAUGAAGUAUUAACCCGGGUGCAUGUGCAAGUCGAUGAAGUGGAGCAUCGCAGGGAGACUAUUGAGCGAUCUCAGCAGAUCACAAAGGAGUCAACAUCGAAAAGUGCUAGCCAAUCAAAAGAGUUAGUUGAACGCUUGGAGAAAAAGCCCAUGGAUGUGAAGGCUUUCAAGGCUGGAGAGAUCGACUUAACCUUGGAGAUUGAUGAUGAGUUGGGCCUACCGAGCUCUUUUGGCAGGGGACGGAGAAACACAAAGGGGUCUGCAGCAGCAUCGGGGGCCAAUCCCAAGGCUCGACCAGAUUCAGGAAAGAAACCUCCUAAGAUCGAGAACAUGGAAGUCAUUGCAACCUCCAAGGCGAACGUGUUGAUGGUGUCAUUGGAGAGUGUUCAAAAAGCAUUGAGAUCUCAGAUUGAAGCUGCAUCUACGGUGUUUGAUGCUGCUGGAUGUUCAGUGCAGAAAAAGACCCAUGAAUUGAUCGCACGUGGUGUCCGCGAGGAGGAUAUUUCCCAGUCCAUAGUGAAGGGCACAGAUCCAUACAACUUGGGAGGGACCAGCAAGUCAGUCUACAAGUGCGCUUUUCAAUUUGAAAAGCGUGUCAAGCUGGCAAAGUUGUUGAUUGGCGAUAUCCCCUUGGACCUUGACACCUCUUAUGAGAAGGAGCUGAAGUCAGCUGGUUUCUUCCCUGAGGGCUUUGCUGAAAUUGCAGUACCUUGCCAUUUGCUCAUGGAUUUGAAGGUAUAUUUGCUUGAGGAUGAGCACACCAGGGCAGGAAUUGACGAGCAAGCCAAGAAAGUGCGGUUGAUGUUGACAGGUUUUCGAACAAUGACCAGUGCCUUGAAGAAGGGUUGUUCUGAUAUGACUUCGGCUCUCAACACCGUGAAGGCCGCGGCAGCUUUGCAGGACAAGCAGUCGCAGGAUGGGACUGGGACCACCAAGCCGAAGGCCAAGGCCAAGGCCAAAACCAGAGCCGCCAAGCUUCCCACCUAUGCCUCAACGAGCGACCCAAGUGUCAUAAAGAUCCACCGGCUUCUAGUGAAGCAAAAUGAGAUCGCUCGGGCGUCAUCUUUUGAAGCCUUGAAAACUGCUCGAGAUGGGGAUGAGCCAUUUAUCCUGAGGCGUGGCAAGAACAUCUAUAAGCUCGUUUGGAAAGAUGACACUGUCCGUACGUUGGUGACAGCACAGGUGGACGACUUCAAGGCGAAGUGGCCAAAGUCAAACCAGAAGGUGCAGUGCAACUUGAUUCCACCAGGAGUGCAGCACGAGGAGAAUCCAGAACUUUCUACUGCGCAGCAAGAUGUGUUAGCUUUGGUGCCUGGUGAUUCUGACUGGCCAUUUAUCCCUGAAGAGGCGGUGUCAGGGCCUCACCUCACCAUCCAGCUCAUUAAAGGAGACAAAGACUCAAAGAAACGUGAGGACGUGCUGUAUGAUUUCUUCUCAUCCUGCUUCUUGGCGGGGCAGCGGCGGGACUUCAUUCACCACGGUGCUGAGUUGUCGGGCUUGGGCAGUGUCAAGGUCCAGCUGGAAGGAAGUCGCAUUAUUUGCAUGGCAUUGGCAACAGAGAUCGCUAGCUAUCUUCAGAGCCAUGGUGAAAAUACUGAGGACGAGAUCACCAUGGCCAAGUGCAGUUCUUGGUUGUUGCGCAUCGAGAGUGGCUCCAUUCCGAAGGUCACCGAGAUGCCCUCAUUAUGUGCAGGAUCGGUCAAGCCAGGAGAUGUACUAUAUACACCACCAGGAUACUUGAUUGUGGAUAAGGUGGUCAAUGAAGAUGCGGUCUCUGUGCGACUCAGCAGUUGGCGAAGACAUAUGUUUCUUGUUUGUUUCUAUGAUUUGAUUAGGGUCAUCCUGUUUGCUGGCAGCCCGGUUGGCGGUUUCUGUUGA